CAGGUCUGACUUGACGGUUGUCUGCGCGGACGAUAGAUUAAGAAGACAGCUGACAGGUCACUCGAUAAACUUCCAGGUAAAGCUAUAGGUCGGGAAGAUUACGUUGCAGCAAGGGUCGAAAAAAGUAAGAACCAGAGGCAUGACUCCCGGCCGCCCUGUGACCCGUUGCUGAGGCGUGGAGACAGUCACAGAGCCGGGGGUCACACACACACACGCACGCGCACACACACGCACGCACACACAGGCCGCCGACAACUCCCAGAGUCGCGCGCCUUUCUGCAAGUGCAAGGCCAUAUAACCAUGUUGCACCGCCCUCACUGCACCUUGCCAUAAGUCAUGCUAGACGCAAGCCAAGAAUCUCCGUAGACAACAAUGAAAGGCGGAGAGAGAGUUGGUGUGCAGAAAGCCAUGCAAGAGAGGCACCGGCAGGGAGAGGAGGCGUGUAUAGGCCUAUAUUCCGCGCCGACGAAAGUGGCAGGGAGGCGAACAUGAAAUAGUGUCGCUGUGUGUACGAGACUCUCGCCCUUGUGCCGAGGUGGAAUAAAGGCGAAAUAACGAUGGUUGGGUCCCCGCCAUGGGAUGUGGACGAAGCACACUUGGCAGCGAUAGUCCAAAGAAGAGAAAAAAGAAAGACUUGUGUUUGUGUUUGGCAGAGGCGGAUGGCGAGUGCGAGAGCGACAGUGAUUCCGGGAGCAACAGCAGCAGCAGGAAGCAGCAGCACGGGCAGCAGCAUCAGCAGCAAUUGAUCAACAAAUUUGUCCCUUUCGGAGCCGGAGGCCCGCUGCUGGCGCAGGCGAAGAUCUCGGACAGCCAGCAAGAUUUCUUCAUGAUGCUGGACGAGAAAAUUGAAAAUGGACCAGAUUACGACUCAGAGACCGAAGAGGUGGACCGUCGCCGCCGCCUUCAGGAUUACGCCGAGCAGUGGAUGGUCCUGACGCAGGGCAGGAUACUUAGCCCCAACAACACCACCAUGCUGAGAGUUGCCCCUGUCAAAACCGGUUCCUCGUUCCCUGGCGAUGACGCCAGCGGCUCCGGCGACCUGACGGAGGAGGACGAGGAGGAGGACGGCCUCAGCGAGCCGGAGCGGAUCCCCGACGAGGCCGUACGCGAACAGUACAUGUUCAUGGGGAACCUAUACACCCUGACGCACAUCCGCACGGACUCGGACAAGACGGAGCCCGUGGUGGACGUGGUGGCGGCGGAGCCCAGCGGGGAGGAGACGCAGGUGGAGCACAUCGAGCUGGACCACAAGCUCAACGGCUCGGCUGUUCCCGAAGAGCCCGAGAACCCUCCGAAGGAAGAGCCUGGCGAGGAGACGGACGGCAAGGCGCCCUCCUCCAGGCCGGUCUCAAGGCCGACGUCGAGACCUGCUUCCCUAAUCCUUAGGUCAGUCUUCCCCUCCGACGUCGCGCAGGAAUGACCCGGAGGAUGUCGAGGAACCGCCUGAAGGAGACUCCACAGAGAGACGUCGAAGGGACCUAUAGUUUCAGAAUACGUAGCAUGUGAAAGGAAAAUGUUCUGUAAACGUUCUAUCGCUGCCUUCUCAAAAGCAAGUGAAUAAGUAUGGUUUGAUUUACUGUUGAUUUUCUUCUUUUUAUUUGGUCGACUUCUGGCCCAUGCUGGUGUAAUAAAAUAAUAAGAUUACAGCAAGUAUGACAGAUCACAUUGCCUGGUCUAUAAAUACCCAGUGUUAAAAGCCCGGCAAAAAGGCUUUUCCAUUAAGUUCAUUGUUAUGCCAUAAACGUCAGGACACAAUGUUAUAAUGGUGUUGGACUUAAAACUUACUGUAACUUGGUAGAGGCUUCGUUCAGGAUAUUCUGACAGAUUGCAGAAUGAUACUGUGGCAUGGCUGACGGGAAAUUCUCCAAAUUGAACGGGACCUCAGAAUUACACUGUGUACUUCGCAUGUUUGACGCAAUUAUUAUCUGGAAAUAGAAGCCCAUGAUGAGCGACAGGUGCAUGGAUUAGUGUAUGAUCACUUCUGCAACAUAUGCUGCAUUCUGUUUUACAUUCAUACUUCAAGUAAGCCAUGUAGUUCUACUGAAGCAAAUCCUGGCAUGUGGCCCAACGCUAAGCCAAAAUAGUUUUAUGGAAAAAGUAAUAGUAUUAUUUAGGUUGGAAUAUUAGAGUACCAUAAUAUCAGUCUGGGAUGCUAGAUUCUCCAAAGAAUGACUGGACAAUUCCUUCUCUCUUCCCUUCUCUCUAUUUCUUUCUCUUAUUCAUGCCCUGCUAAACACAGAUUCUAUGGUAUUUGUUCAUGUAAAAAGUAAAAAAAAAAA